UGCGUGGCGCCACGGUAGGGUCGGUUUUAUAAUGUUGACAGUGGUUUUGCUCCACAACGAAAUGAUGCUGCUGCCGCUGCCGCUGCUGCUGCUGAGUUUGGCCUCGAGGACAUGCUCCGGCGUAACAGCCUCAUACGCCGAGUGACAACUUGCUCUGUUAUAGUUUCUAUUAAUUUACGUGCGCGGCUCAUUCAUCUGUCAACUGUCACGUGGUCAUGACAAGUGAUAAACACGCGUACUUACGACUGUGCAGCACUUUUCAUUAUCGGUGAGAACUCACGCUAUUUUACAGUAGAUGUAUUACUUGAAACGAAAAUCAUCGGUUGAAUAUACAGGAAUAAAUUUUUUUUCUCUCAAUUUCUAUCUCUUCGCCGAGUGUAUUAUAUGUUGAUAAAAAAUUUGAAGAAAAAAAAAAAGAAGAAGAAAAAAAAUAGCGAGUGUUUCGAUAUCUAAAACGAAUAUUUAAACAAGCUUCUAAAAAUAACGAGAGCAGCGAUCUGAAGGAGCGCUAUACCCGCGACCCCACGAGGUACAGAUCAGUGGUCAGCUGAGUGCCCCCAGAUAUCUCAUCUCAAGAACGGAAUUACCGAUUUAUUAUCUCCUUCGGUACUACGUAGAAGAAACAAAAACAUACCUCUUCGAAAUCCGUCAUUGUGACAUCUGUCUCGCUCUGAAGUUCGGUUAAACUGAAUAUCGCUAUAGUAGAAGACUGCGGGGUGGUGGGGGAAGAUUUCGGUAAAUGUGGCGAAAUAUACGGAUCGACUUUUCCGAUACUCGGAUUAGAUUACGCGUCAUCGUCGUAUGAUAAAGCUGAUCGAAGGGAAGGCCAACAACGCGACAAUUUGAAGGAGGUAUGUUGUCGCCCGUACGCAAUGACUGUGCCUUCAGCCGUGGGACUGUGGCACCGAGCCCACCUCUACAAAGCUCUUGCCUGCAUCGUACUAGCACUUAUUGCUCUACAGUAUCUGCUCAGCGGUGUCCUAGACAGAAGAUCCAUAGAAACGAUCUUCCAGGUGAACGCCACUAGGAACGCUGGACAUAAUUAUAAAAAUCAUCCUAGGAGAUUUAUCAUUUACGGUCCAGUUACCGUUCCGAGUCUUUCUAUUGGCGGUGUUGUCAAUAUAUCAGCAAACACUACGAAUUCAAACGAAACGCAUUUUUUGGUGCAAAAGGUUCCUGAUAACUCAGCGAAACUUGAACCUACUACAGUUCGUCCAGACGGAAAUAACCCUCAGGAAAUUACCGUUUUACAAAACGCCACAGAAAUUCCUGUUGCCAUAUUACCGAGGUGUUCGCUCAUUCCCCCAAACCUCAGCGGACCGGUGACCAUUGCUAAACAGACUCCCAGCAGUGCCGAAGCGGAGAAAUUUUUUUCCGGAAAAUUGGAACGAGGCGGCAGAGGAUUCCCUAAGGAAUGCGAAGCUCGGUAUCACGUAGCAAUUAUUGUUCCUUACCGCGCGAGACCUCAGCAUUUAUCGACUCUUGUCUACAAUCUUCAUUUGGUUUUACUUCGACAGCAAAUUGAUUACACGAUAUUUAUUGUCGAACAGCAUGGUACGGUGCAGUUCAAUAGAGCGAUGUUAAUGAAUGUUGGGUACGUUGAGGCUCUCAAGGAAUAUUCCUUUGAUUGUUUCAUAUUUCAUGACGUUGAUCUUUUACCAGAAGACGACAGAAAUCUCUACACAUGUCCCGAACAACCGAGGCACAUGUCUGUCGCUAUCGACAAAUUUAAAUACAGGUUACCAUAUCCAGACAUAUUUGGCGGUGUGUCAGCGAUGUCCAGGGAACAAUUUAGACUUGUAAAUGGAUUUAGCAAUGUAUAUUGGGGAUGGGGUGGCGAGGAUGACGACAUGGCUAAUCGCAUCAAGGCCCAUGGUCUUCACAUAUCCCGUUAUCCCGCCAAUAUUGCCAGAUAUAAAAUGCUCACUCACAAGAAGGAGAAAGCUAAUCCAAAAAGGUACGAGUUCCUGAAGAGUGGGAAGAAGAGAUUCGCUACAGAUGGACUGACAAAUCUCAAAUAUGAAUUGGUGGAUAAGCAAAAGUUACCUCUUUACACUUGGCUUCUGGUGAAACUUACUCCACCUCAGCCUAGCUGAUGGCUGCCUUGGAUUGGCUAAGACCUACCUACAGUGCAUCGAUUUCGAUACGAGAUUAAUUUAUUUUUCAAACAGUGCAGUUUGUUUUGUGGAAGACAGUGAAGUGCAUACUAAAUUCAAUCUUGUAUUGCCGUUUUUCUUUUCUAUCCUAUUUUUUGUUCUCCCUUCCUUUCCCUCGAUUUAUUCUACCACGUCGUCGAUUGAAAGAGAGUAACAACAUACAUAUACUUAUAAAUAUAUUUCCUAAAUGUGAAUGAGAAAAGAAAAAAAAAACUUUUUUAACGAAUUCGUCAACCGAAUAACAACAAAUAACUAUAUGGACAUUAAGAAAGCAGAAAAGAAAAAAAAUGAAUAAAACAACAGAGAGAAAUCGGUGAAGGACAUCACAAUUAUAGUUAACUUCGUUAUUUUAAUAAAUAAUUUUUACUUAGAAAUAUUUUAUGUUCUACUGUUCUAUGAACUGUUUAAAACAAAACGCGGUGAACUUAUCCGGACUAACGAAUUAAUUAUCUAGUGAAUAUAUAUAUUUCUGGAUAGUUCCUCGCAAUUUGAGUAUUCCUGUAGUGCUGUAGGUAUAAAUUACUUAAAUUUAAAUUCACCUCUUAAAAAUCUUUGCCAUUUAUGGGAAAAAUGCUGCAUCCAUGUAUACAUAAUAGAAUCUUAUUCAUCGAUUGAUUUUCAAACAAACAAAACAAAAAGUUAAAAAAAAAAGAGAGAAAAUAAGUUAUUUACAGACAAUGAUCUUAAAUCUCACUCGCCCUCAAUUAUUACGAAAAUUUUUAUCCGUUGUUAUUCCUAUUUUAUGCCGAGUUAAAUUGCAUAUCAUGAGAUAUUCUUACCCUCCUUUCCAUUAUUUAUAAUAUUAUUUUUCCGCGUUGUAGUGAUAAUAAACCUAUAGUUUAGAGAUAUUUAUAUUCUAUUUUAUUUAUUUUACUCUUAUUUUUUUGAUUCUUUUUAAAUAUUUACGUAAAAAAAGGUCUUUGAAUCAUUCCGCGACGGUUUCUUGCAUAGGUAUAAAUAAAAAUGAUUAACAAAAAAGAUAGAUCAAUAACCAGUUACCUUUAUCAUGAAAUAAAAACCAUAACCGCGAGUAAUAAAACGAAAAUAAUAAAAAUAGCAAGAAUAAUAAUAACAAUAACAAUAAUACUAUUAAUAAUAAUAAUACCAAUAAUAAUAAUGAAAUGGUAACAAUAAUAUAAUUAAUGAUAAUUAGUAACGAAAAUAUUGAACUUGUAUGAAGUCUACAAAAUAAUUACAAUAUGAUUCAUUAUAAGGUGUCCGUUAUUAAAGCAAAUGUGAAAUUUCAAGCAGGAUCAGUUGGAUUUCCGAUAGCGUCAUGAAAAAACAAAGUUCUGCGGAAGUGCACUUAUUCCGGGUUAAAGAACUUAUUUCAAUAGAUACAUAGAAAAAUUGUUUUUUCAGCAUGUAACACUAACUCCAAGGUAUAGAAAAGACGUUAAAGUUUAUUUGGCGCUCCGGAAAAAUACUGAAAUCCCAUUUAAAGUAAAUGGAAACUCGUAUAUGCUGUGUGGCCCCGGAAAUGUGAGAUAGUAAGCUCCGUUUUGUGCACAACUUAUUUUCUCCUGACGAAGAUUCGAUAUUCAAUUAAUCCUCCUUGAAAGGUUACAUUCGCUAAAUAACCGACACCCUAAUGAUGCAUAUGGGGGAAUGCGGCGCAAAACGGGCCGGUGACUCAAAAUGGGGUAGCUACCCCAAAAAUGUUGUAAAAUCAUCGAAAAAGACUUCAAAUAUCAUUCUGGAUUUGAGAAAUAUUUUUUGUUUUUUCUCAUAACUAAUUUGAAAGAAAUAUUGAUGGUAACAACUUUAAAUGUUGAUAUAACUUUUAUUACGAUGAUUCAACGAAAUAAUUAUCAAUUGUUUUUUUCAUUGUAAUUGAAAAUCUUUCUCAUUUAUUUCAAAUACGCAUGAGAGGAAGAAGUUUCGUCAUAUUUAAGUUGCACAAAGCUCGGGCUUUCCACAAUUUCCCUGUUUUGCCCUGCCUUCUCCUACAUAUAUGUAUAAUAAGUAGUUGAGUUAUGAUUCAAUGUACGCGAUUUACACACACGUGCCAAAUAUACUUGAACAAGAAAUAUAUGAAAAAAAAAAAAAAUUAAUAAACAUUUCUUUGGAAAACAAAAUCGAAUGAUAAAAUAAAAUCAACGAGGAAAGGUAUAUGACACUGUCGGUACACAUCGACAAAAUUGCCAUCGGUGAAUUUUCCGUGUCCGUUAUUGUCAGAUAAUUUGUGCUAUAAUUUUGAUACGCUGUGCUACUUUCACUUUGAGGAUGAUUUCUUUUAUACAUACCAAUUGUACAGUACACCCGCGAUUAGAUUGUACUUGAACGAGAAAUAAAAGUAUAUGUUAUAUAUCUUAUAAGGAUAUUUGAAAGAGAAGACAUUAAGUGAAAUAUCGUAAUAAUAGAGGAUACUUAUUUAUUAAUAUAAUUAUUAGUAAACAGUUGCGAAAAAAUGAAAAAAAAAAGUAAGAACAAAAGGAAAAAGGAAACUAUAUAUGUUUUGAAUGUGUAAAAUUUCGGAUUUUUAACAAUUUUAAUAAAUGUUACCACAGAUUAUUUUUAUUUUA